UUUGAUCCUCCAAUGGAGUUGAGCCUGUGUACAGUUGUAAGCUCCCUCUGGUUUCAUCGACCAAAGCAAGUGCUUCCGCUUUGGUUUCACUGACGGACUCGAUAAAACCCAGCUCAGAUUGACCAAUUCUUUCACUGUGACGCGAACGAACAAUGGCUUCUUCCUCGUUCUCCGCGGCUGCAGCUGCUACGGCGUCCGCUGUGACCAAGAGCACCAUUAGUUUGCCUCAUUUAUUCUGCAACACCAGCAACAACAACGUUCACUCUUCCUCUCUCUCAAGAGUCUCCUUCCGAGUCUCUCCCAAACCCAAACUCAGAUUUUUCAUCAAGCCUGGUUGGAAGCGUCCUACUGUGGUGAAGGCCCAAUUGAACGAUGUUGCUAUUGGUGGGCCAUCAAAUGAUGCAGCUAUCCCUCAAUCUAAACCGGACACAGCAGCAGUUGAAGCGAAGGAUUCCAAGCCUUCAGAUGAGUGUUCAGCUCCAGUCUUGGCUACAGAGGAAUCAAUCUCUGAGUUUAUUACUCAAGUUGCUAGUCUUGUAAAGCUAGUAGAUUCGAAAGAUAUUGUGGAGUUGCAGUUGAAACAACUUGAUUGGGAAGUAGUAAUUCGGAAAAAGGAGGCCUUGCCUCAACCACCACCACCUGCUCCAGUUGCUAUGAUGCAUUCAUUUCCUCCAUCAAUGGCAAUGCCGGCAACCCCUCCUCCAGCUGUCCCUGCACCUUCUGUCCCAUCACCCUCUGCCCCAGCUGCAUCACCUCCUUCUGCAGCCAAACCAUCUAAGUCAUCAACGCCACCACUCAAAUGCCCUAUGGCAGGCACAUUCUAUAGAAGUGCAGCACCUGGUGAACCACCAUUUGUGAAGGUUGGAGACAAAAUACAGAAGGGACAGGUUCUAUGCAUCAUUGAGGCCAUGAAAUUGAUGAAUGAAAUAGAAGCUGAUCGAUCUGGAACCAUAACUGAGAUCCUUGCCGAGGAUGGGAAGCCAGUCAGUGUCGACUUGCCUCUUUUUGUGAUCGAACCCUAGAGCUUGUCUGCAAAGUAGUCAAGUAAAGGGGUUCCGUAAUAGGACUGAGUAAAGAUCAAGAUUCGGGAGCGGGGGCAGUUCUUGGUGGCAUUGUGAUAUUAAGUGUUUGUUGUGUCAUGGAAGAAUAUUUUGUUCAGAGUUUUGAUAUUGCCUCGUUUUUACUCCACUUUUUACCCUCAUUUUCCAUCAUAUGUAACAAACUGUUUUUGUCUUUAUGUUGGGUUCUAGAAUUUAGUUAGCUGUUCAUGAAGGGGCAAUUUACUACACUUUGAGAGACGGACAAUGCUAGGGAUCCCUAACACAUGUAGGAUCCACCUCACAUCUAACAUUCUAUAUUAAAUGGGGGUUACUUUUUGGGGGUUUCAAACAUUAUCCAUGAAAGACUGAGAUUAUCCUCGA